CGCCGUCACUCGUCUCAGCUUCACCUCAUACAUGGAUAGAUUACCGAACAAACGCUUGGUGGAAGAUCUGGAGCUCAACAAAAAGGAAUCAGGAUGGUGUAUACGACGGCUUUACUGUUCGGUCAAGGAGUCCCGGUGCUGCCCGAGGAAAACAGCGUCGCUGACAUGAUCGAGAAGUUUCUUUUCCCGAAGACUUCAACCGGCAGCAAGAUGCCCCCUGCCUGCUCAGCCCGACGGGGAAGUGUGGAGAGCUACGAGGACGCUGACAGCCACUCUCUAUGUAAGUUACACAAUUUUGCUUCUUUCGAUGUCACACUAGAGGAAGAAGAGCGCCACCUACAGCACAGCAUCACUCGACAACUGGAGCUGUGUCUGACCGCGGCUAAGUCUUCUGCUCUGCACUGCCAGGCCCUGAUGCUCCCCUGUCACAUGACCUCCAGAGUGUCCCAAGACGUGGUCCGAGCCUCCGCCGACGAACCCUGUGGACUUCGGGGGGCCUUUGUCAAAGUCUUUGUCGAGACCAAAGACGGGCCAAAAUUCCUGGGCGCCUUCUCUCCUGAUCCAAGCGUUACACCCACCUUCGAGCUAUCCGUGUGGUUCAAAAUGGAGGAGCGUGGUUGGCCCGCCUUUAAGCACAUUUUUGACCCAAGCAAAACUGUGAAGCUGAGAGCAGAAUACAGGCUAGUUAAAAGGAAGCUCUAUUCCUCUGCUAGCCCUGUUAUCCACGAUUUCAACUAGAUCUAGGUCAUUUCA